AUGCGGCCCGUCGCGACGACCUUCUUGCUCGUACCGUUGUUGCUCGUCGCGUGGCAAAACGGUGCGCAGGCCAACUGGUGGUACCUGGGCGUGGAGCCGCGGCUGAAUAGCGGAUCGGGUCAGAGCAGCGGUGCCGACGGACAGGCACAGAUCGUCGGCGCGGGUGUGAUCGGGCCGGCGAGCGCCGAAAAGAACUGCAAGAGCGUGCACCUGACCGCCAAGCAGCAGGCUAUAUGCUCCCGCUCGCCACCCGUCCUGCAGGCAGUCAGCGCUGGCGCGAGAUUGGCCAUAGAGGAGUGUCAGCACCAGUUUAGAUCAGCGAGAUGGAAUUGUUCCAUCAGCCCGGAAAAUCCGGAGAACGUUUUCGGCGGCGUGAUGCUAGUCAACAGUCGCGAGGCGGCGUUCGUCUACGCAAUAUCAGCGGCCGGAGUUGCUUACAGCGUCACGAGGGCCUGUUCCAGGGGCGAGCUCACCGAUUGCUCCUGCGACAACCGUGUCAGAACACGCCGCCCGAAUAAUUGGCAAUGGGGUGGCUGCAGCGAGGACAUCCACUUCGGUGAGAAGUUUUCGCGAGAGUGGUCCGACAGCGGCGAGGAGCCUGUGAAGGAGGGUGUCCUGCAAGGACCGAAAGGGCUGGCUGGCCAGCUGAUGAGGAAGCACGAUAGCGAAGCUGGCAGGCGUGCCGUCCGCUCGAGAAUGCAACGCGUGUGCAAGUGUCACGGUAUGUCUGGCUCGUGCAGCGUGCGCGUCUGUUGGAGAAGAUUGCCUACGUUUAGGGUGGCGGGCGCUGCACUGGCGGCGCUGCACGAAGGCGCAGCACUGGUACGACUGGCGCAACGCGGCGGAAGAAGAGCGGCGAGGCUGUGGCCCGCUCGUCCCGAUCUCAAACGGCCGAACAAAACGGACCUGGUGUACCUCGAAGACAGUCCCGAUUACUGCGAGAAAAAUCUCACGCUCGGUAUACCCGGCACGAGAGGAAGGAUAUGCAACCGAACGUCCAUGGGCCUGGACGGAUGUAGACUGCUGUGCUGCGGCCGGGGCUACCAGACGAGAGUCCGAGACGUGACCGAGAAGUGCGGGUGUCGGUUCGUCUGGUGUUGUCACGUGAAGUGCGAGCUAUGCCGGCACACGCGGGAGGAGCACGUCUGCAAUUAGGCGCGGUGACGUGCAUUCCGGUCGGCCUACCGAAAGGUGCUUCACGACCCUCUGCCUCUGCGUCCAGGCAGAUAUUCGACGACGACGAUUCAGCUUCACGGCCGUCGCCUGGGGAGAUCGAGGGUAGACCGCGCUUCUACCAACGCUGCUUUAAGUUCGACCUUAAAUGGCCGGGCCUGGCUGGCUCU